AUGACGGUUCAUGGAGCGUUCCUCCACCAAGGUUCAUUCUGUAGGAACUGGUUCAAUCUGUUGGAUCUCCUGGUGGUCUCUGUGUCUCUGAUCUCCUUCUUCCUACAUUCGAGUGCCAUCUCUGUGGUCAAGAUUCUCAGGGUACUCAGAGUACUCAGGCCUCUACGAGCGAUCAACAGAGCCAAAGGACUGAAGCAUGUGGUCCAGUGUGUGUUUGUAGCGAUCAAGACCAUCGGUAACAUCAUGAUCGUCACUACUCUACUACAGUUCAUGUUCGCCUGCAUCGGAGUCCAGCUCUUCAAGGGUAAAUUCUACCGCUGUACAGACGAGGCCAAACACACGCCAGAGCAGUGCAAGGGAACGUUUGUGGUGUAUAAGGAUGGGGAUGUGAGCCACCCCAUGGUGAGAGAGAGGAUCUGGCACAACAGUGACUUUAACUUCGACAACGUCCUGAUGGGCAUGAUGGCUCUGUUCACAGUGUCCACCUUCGAGGGCUGGCCAGCACUCCUGUAUAAGGCGAUUGAUGCUAAUGGAGAGAACCAUGGCCCUGUCUAUAACUACCGUGUUGAGAUCUCCAUCUUCUUCAUUGUCUACAUCAUCAUCAUCGCCUUCUUCAUGAUGAACAUCUUCGUGGGCUUCGUCAUCAUCACCUUCAGAGAGCAGGGAGAGUCUGAAUAUAAGAACUGUGAGCUGGACAAGAACCAGAGACAGUGUGUAGAGUUUGCUCUGAAGGCCCAGCCAUUGAAGCUGUACAUCCCAAAGAACCCAGUGCAGUAUAAGUUCUGGUCGUUCAUCCAGUCUACAGCGUUUGAAUACGUCAUGUUCGUUCUAAUUCUCCUCAACACUGUCACUUUGGCGGUUCAGCACUAUGAGCAGUCCAAGGUGUUCAGUCAUGUGAUGGACAUCCUCAACAUGGUCUUCACUGGUCUCUUCACUGUGGAGAUGCUGCUCAAACUGCUGGCUCUACGACUCAGGCAUUAUUUCAUAGAUGCCUGGAACUCUUUUGAUGCUCUGAUCGUGGUGGGCAGUGUCGUGGAUAUUGUGGUGACAGAAUUCAGCUUUCUUCAAAGCUCUGAUGACAGUUCCAGAGUGUCCAUCACGUUCUUCCGUCUGUUCCGAGUGAUGCGAUUGGUCAAACUGCUGAGCAAGGGGGAGGGAAUUCGGACGCUGCUCUGGACCUUUGUCAAGUCCCUCCAG